AUGUCCAAAGACAACGAAAAGGGCGUCUACGUUCAUGAGUACGGUCGGUCGAGCCCCGACUCGGAAGAGAACCAGCCUUUCGAGGAUGUCAAGAUCACCAAAGUCUUCAACCCCUUCCCAGAGGCUGUGGUCGUCGACCCAGUCCUCGCAGGUCGACGGGAGUCUGCUGUCCCGACCAAGGAGCGUCGACGCUCAUCCAUUGCCGAAGGCGAGGUUGUUGGCACUUUCGGCAAUGCAUCCGACAAUGCCAUCUACCGUCCCAUCGCCUCCUACGAAGGUAUACACCGAUACGACCCUGAGUUUGCCUGGGAAGCCAAGGAUGAGAAGCGCCUCGUGCGGAAGAUCGACUGGAAGAUUUGCACGUGGGUCUGCCUGAUGUUCUUCGCCCUCCAGCUCGACCGUGGCAACAUCGUCCAGGCUCUCUCCGACGGUAUGCUCGGGAAUCUCAAGAUGACCAGCAACAACUACAACUACGGCCAAAUGAUCUUCUACGUCUCCUUCCUCGCUGCUGAGCUGCCCUCUCAACUGAUCUCGAAGAAACUCGGCCCGGACAACUGGAUCCCUAUCCAGAUGGUCUCCUGGUCUCUUGUCGCCUCGCUUCAGUGCCUGAUCAAGGAUAAGACCGGCUUCUACAUCUGCCGAUGCCUCCUCGGCAUCAUCGAGGGCGGUUUCAUCCCCGAUGUCAUCCUCUACCUCAGCUACUUCUACACCUCUGUCGAACUGCCCACCCGACUCUCCUUCUUCUGGGUCGCGUACCAAAGCACCAACAUCGUGUCCGCUUUCUUGGCCUACGGCAUUCUUCGCUUGGGCGGGCCAGUCGUCCACGAGACCGUCGGCACCGGCGCACACAAACUCAAGUUCUCCUACGACACUCCCGGCCAUCAAGGCCUCUACGGCUGGCAAUGGCUGUUCGCGUUGGAAGGCACCCUGACUGGGAUCAUCGGCAUCAUCUCCUACUUCUACCUCCCGCCAUCACCCUAUCAGACGGCCUCCAAGUUCCGCGGCAAGGACGGCUGGUUCACGGUGCAUGAAGAGAAGAUCAUCGCCAACCGCAUCCUCCGCGACGACCCCUCCAAGGGCGACAUGCAUAACCGUCAAGGCCUGAGCCCGAGUGCGCUGUGGGCGUGUUUGAAGGAUUACCACAUGUGGCCCAUCUACCUCAUCGGCAUCAGCUGGCUGAUCCCCACCGUCCCCAUGCAAGGCUACAUCACCCUCAACUUGACCGAAGUUGGUUUUGGCACCUUUGAGACCAACCUCCUCACCAUCCCGGCCUACACGCUCUUCAUCGUCAGUCUGCUGUGGUGGACCUGGCUCUCGGAGAAACUCAACGAGCGCUUCCUCCUCGCCACCGUCAGCCAAAUCUGGGUCAUCGCGCCGCUCAUCGGCCUCGUCGUGCUUGGCCCAGGUCGCAGCCCGUGGGUCGACUACGCACUGUCCGUCCUCGUCUUCGGCAUCCCGUACUUCCACGCCGUCUUCGUGGCCAUCACCAGCCGCAACGCCGGCAGCGUGCGCACGCGCACCGUCGCCUCCGCGCUGUACAACAUGACUGUGCAAGCGGGGAAUGUGAUUGGUAUCAACAUCUACCGCACCGACGACGCGCCUUACUACUACACGGGCAACAAGGUGCUCAUCGGCAUUGCUUGCUGGAACAUCCUCGUCAUGGUCGGCACCAAGAUCUUCUACGUGCGCACCAACCGCAAGCGCGCGGCGAUUUGGGACGCGAUGGACAAGCAGCAGCGCGAGGAGUACUUGAACACCACGACGGAUAAGGGGAACAAGCGGUUGGAUUUCCGAUUUGCUCAUUAG